AUGAGAUUUUUGCUUUUUGUAGCCUUCCUUGUGAUUUUCGCGGAAUGCGCGGCGAAUGGGACUAAGACAACAAAAAAAGGGCAUGGUGAGCCAGUUGUAUGCAAUCAGUACAUUGGACAGGGCGCUGUAACUAGCGAUGAUAUCAAGAAACUCGAUGAAAAGCUCGAUCAGCUAAUUAAACUGCUACAGCCUUCUCCUUAUGCAGGUAAUUUAAGAAUUUAUAUAUUCCAUUCUAACACACAGAGAAGCUACUUAUAAUUAUUUCUUAUGUAAUUAAAGUAAUAACACCUUGAAAAGGAAAUGUAAUGUGAGAUAAUUCAACUUCACCACAAACAAAGACAUUUUGCAAUAAUUCUUCGAAAGUUUUUGGCUUUUUGUCCUUGAUGUUUCUCUUCUUAAAAUUGUAGUAAGUUAGACACAAACAAUUUAACGCGGAACUAGCCGACAAUGCGAAAAAUGAAGUAAAACUUAAUGCUCGCGGUAUUAUUGAGAUAGGGCUCUAAUUUUCGUCACCAGUAUCGUAAACUAGUUGAAAUCAACGGCAAAAAUUGGAUUCAAAUUGAAGUUCCUUGUAUGUGGUCUUCAUAUGGCUAAUAUCAUUUUCUACUGAAUUCCCAACAGCUUCAACGUGCAAGGAGAUUUAUGACAAGAACCUGUAAGUAUAAGGCUGAAGAAAUACAAAUACACCUUAUUUUCGUAGUAAACACAGAGUUAAGCAAGAAAAAUUACCGCGGCCGAAAUCUGCUACUACUCAUAACCCAGAGAAGACGUGGUUUCCAAGACGUCAGUAAGCUUCAGUAAAAAAUGACGUGUACUUUGCGUGUUGAAAAAGAACAGAGAGAAUUCAUAGUAUGGCCCACAAAGGGCAUACGAUCUAAACUUUGUUUUUGACUCAACAGCAAAAGGUUUAUAUCAAAUGAUGACGAGAAUCGUUUACGGAAAGAACAAAAUUUCUAAAUGUAGAAAACAAUGGAAGUAUGUAACAAAUACAUCAAAACUGUGAAUAUUAUCCGUAUUUUUGGGUUUAAUGCUCCUUCAUUUCGAGCCACAAAAUUGAAAAGAAAAUACGUGCUGUGAUCAAAAUUAGGGUUUAAAAUCAUAAAGACACUGCGCCAAUCUUGACCUACAGAAAAGAUCUUUUCAUAAAAGACUGGGCUUUCAAGUUCAGAUCGCAAAAAGCUGAAAUUCACAUAGAAUUGCUUCUUAAUUAUCUUCAUGAUUGUAGAAUACAGAAAACAAAAACUGGUCCAAAAAUGGUAAAAUAAACUAAAAUACCGAUAACUACAGUUUUUUUAAAAAAAAACCAGCAAAUAAGCAAGCACUAAUAAUUAACGAAAUACUCAAGACGAAGGAUAGUUCAUCAACCAGCAACUUUAUAGGACUGAGAAAUUUAUCAUUUAAUUAGGAGCGAAGCCCGACACUGGUGACAAUGGAACAAGAGGAAAAAAAUUGAGACGCUAAUCGACAAAGUCAGCAAUUACAACCUCGCUUGAUAUUUUUAUAUUUCCACUUCCACUUUUCACUGGAUAUGAAAGACUUCCAUUUUCUAGAAUUCUCCAUUUCUAUGGGGCCCUUACUAAGACACCCUUUCUAUGGCCCCACUGAGAUGAGCGAAAUGUGUCAAAAUGAGGUGAACCAAUGAAGUUGUAUGUUUCGCCAGGUCCAAAGGAAACAAAGAGUACCUUCUGAACGUUGGGUCUGCAAAGAUUCCCGUAUAUUGUCACAUGACCAAGCAUGGCCUUGAUGCAUGCGGAGGAGGUGGAUGGACGCUGGUCAUGAAGAUCGAUGGUUCAAAGGUAUUAAAAGUUAAAUGUUCUCACAAGCACCUCUGUCUGUCACCACUUACAUCCGCACUAUUAAGGUCAACGUACAUGGCGAGGGGAAUCUAGUAAGUGUUGGUUUGAUAACUGUUGGUUCGAUGAUUUAUCAAUUCAGUGAUGAGACCAUGAUUUUGCUCUGUCUGUCUGUCACUUAAAUUCAGACCAUUAAUUAAGGUCAACAUACAGGGUAAUAGUGGAUCCAUUAUAUAAGUGUAGGUUUGAUAACUGUUAGCUCGAUGAUUUAUCAAUUCAGUGAAGACCAAAAUGCUGAUAUUAUAUUUGUCAAAUUAUAAAACAGCAAGGCGAUAGUACGUUAUCAGAAUAACUUACAUGAUGUUUUUUGUUUUUCUCAAAUGUUCUUAGGGAACCUUUCACUACAAUUCUAAACUGUGGAGCAACAAAGUCGACUUCAAUCUUCCAGGAGGGAAGACUGGGUUGGACACUCACGAGACCAAGUUACCGACUUAUUGGAACACACCGUUUAACAAGAUCUGUCUUGGAAUGAAGAUCGGUCAGCAGUUCAAGUCUGUUGUCAUCAACCAUCCAGCCAGAUCCCUGUAUUUACUGAUUGCAGAGGGCAAAUACCGAGCUACUUCACUAGGCCGUAACACAUGGAAGAAGCUCAUUGGGUCUCGUGCCUCUUUACAGACCAACUGUAACAUGGAAGGAUUCAACGUCCUGAGUUCUAUCAACAACAGCAAAGCGAGAAUUGGUAUCUGUAGUAACGACCAAAAUGAAUGUCUCAGCUGUGACUCCAGGAUCGGGUUUGGCACUGGAGGGUACCCUGAUGACUCCAAUACGUGUGGCAACGAAGCUAAGCAUGGAGCAGAUAAUGGCGACCAGCACAUCAAAGCGAUGGGUUAUAUUUUGGUCCAAUAA